CCCUCAUUAUAAAUUCACAAGAUUACAUCAUUUCUAAACCAUCUCUCACCAAUUCUCCCUCCUCUAAGGCCUCAUUCAGAGAGAAAUAGUGGGAAAGCACAAUACUUUUCUCUCCCUUUCUCUCUCUAGGUCUUGCACCAUGGAGGUUACAUCUCCCAGCAAGAGCAACCAUGGUGACCCCAUGGGUUCUUCCCUUGAAUUAGAUUGUGUUCAACCUGUUGGUAGCCCACUUCGUAAAAUGAUCGCAGUAGCGUCCAUCGCUGCUGGUGUUCAGUUUGGAUGGGCACUACAACUCUCAUUGUUGACCCCUUACGUGCAAUCGCUAGGUGUUCCGCACGUAUGGGCAGCUUUUAUUUGGCUCUGUGGUCCGAUCUCUGGUCUUCUUGUGCAACCCAUUGCUGGUUAUUAUAGUGAUCGAAGCACCUCACGCUUCGGCCGCCGUCGUCCAUUUAUCUUUUGUGGUUCAGUCGCUGUCGGCAUCGCUGUCUUUCUUAUUGGUUACGCCGCUGACCUCGGUCACUCGUUCGGUGACAAUCUCUCGAAGAAAACUAGACCAAGAGCUGUUGGUUUCUUCGUUGUCGGAUUCUGGAUCCUUGACGUAGCAAACAACAUGCUUCAAGGACCAUGUCGUGCUUUCCUCGCGGACUUAGCAGCCGGCGAUGAAAAAAUGACAAGAAGAGCUAACGCAUUCUUUUCAUUUUUCAUGGCCGUCGGAAACAUUUUGGGAUACGCAGCUGGUUCAUACAGCGGCCUAUACAAAAUCUUCCCGUUCACCGAAACCGACGCAUGCAACAUUUUCUGCGCGAAUCUUAAAAGUUGCUUCUUCUUCUCCAUCCUCCUCUUAACCUUCCUGGCCGGAAUCGCUCUGGUUUACGUGGAAGACACACCUCGGCUGAGAGCGGAGGUGAGCGACAACAACGAACAGGUAUCAUGUUUCGGACAUUUGUUCCGUGCAUUGAAGGAGUUGAAGAGACCAAUGUGGAUGUUGAUGUUGGUGACAUGUGUGAAUUGGAUCGCAUGGUUCCCCUUCUUCUUGUUCGACACAGACUGGAUGGGUCGUGAAGUGUACGGAGGAGAUGCAGGAGAGAAGGCAUAUGACACUGGUGUGAGAUUUGGUUCUUUAGGACUUAUGCUUAAUGCUGUUGUUCUUGCAUUAAUGUCUUUGGCUGUUGAACCUUUGGGAAAAAUGGUUGGAGGAAUUAAGAGACUUUGGGGUAUUGUUAAUAUUAUUCUUGCUAUUGGUUUGGCAAUGACUGUCCUUAUUACUAAGAUGGCAGAGCAGGAACGUCAGCUAAGUGGUGGUGCCACCGUUGGAAAUCCUUCUAAAGGUGUCAAGGCUGGUGCCAUCCUGUUCUUCGCAGUUCUUGGUAUCCCUUGUGCGAUUACCUUCAGUGUUCCUUUUGCUCUAGCAUCAAUAUACUGCAGCGCUUCAGGGGCUGGACAAGGUUUAUCUUUGGGAGUCUUGAAUCUUGCCAUUGUGGUACCACAGAUGGUGGUGUCAACAUUAAGUGGACCAUGGGAUGCUCUUUUUGGUGGUGGUAAUUUGCCUGCUUUUGUGGCGGGUGCAGUGGCUGCUGUGGUUAGUGCAAUAUUGGCAAUUGUCUUGUUGCCUACACCUAAACCAGAUGAUGAGGCUAAGGCUACCAUUGCUUCUGGCAGUUUCCACUAAUUACUUAUGUUUAAUGGGGUGGGAUAUAUAUUAAAUUGUAUGUGUUUUUCUUUUGAAUAGAAAUUGAAACUUUUGUGUAUAAAAUAUACUGUAACGAAGCUUUCAAAAAAAUAUAUUGAAA